AUGGAUCUCUUAGAUUCCAUCCUUAGUUCCAUGCAAAAACCACCAGCAGCAAGUGAAGCUCAGAAAAAUGCCAUGAGAAAACAGAAAGAAGCAAUGGAGCAUAGAAAAAAAGAAGAGAAGCUUAUGUUAAAUAAGUUCAGAAAGCGCGUUGAAGAAAAAAUUGCAAAUUUUAUUAAAGAUGCUACAAAACCACACUUACAAUUUGAUCCAAUGGAUGAAAUGUACCGUGCUAUUAUAAGAGAGAUAGCUGAAACUGCAGGACUCCAAGUCUUCUCAUUUGGUCAAGAAGGUAUCGAUCGAUAUGCUGUAGUGUAUACUAAAGAAAAGGGUCCUUCUCAAGAUGAGCUUACAGUACGUAGAGAAGGGCGUAUUUGGGAUGAGGAGAAAGCUGUUGAAAUGGCACAAAGACAUCUGGAAAUGCAGAAACAAGCAGCACUUGAAACUGAAGCUGAUAAUAACAAGAAGCGUAAAAGGGGCAAAGAGGAAAUCAGUGGUACAUUUUAUAAGGAAAAGUAUGCCCAUCUCAUAGGCCAUGAUGCAGCUAUCAAUGCAGCUCAGAAAACUAAUAUGAAUAAGAGUUAUGGUGAAGUUCCUAGCGAGAACAAAAAGGAUCAGCGCUCAAUUGAACAAACAAUGGCAGAUAUACGAGCUAAAAAAAUGAAGAAAGCUGAAACUGAUCAAGGUGGCUCGGAAAACAUUCAAAUGUAG